UUGUCCCCGCCCGGCGCUCGGGAGCCGGGCGCAUGGGCGCAGCUGAUGACGCCGCCGCCGCGCCGCCCUCCGAGGCUGCGUUCGGGAAGCCUGGAUUCCAAGGAGCCGCCGGAGGGGGCCGCGACGACGAGACAGCCGGGGGGACCCCCGACGGAGCGCCGCGCCCCGAGGCGGGCUGGCUGCAGGAUUUGCACACACUUUCCACCAUGGGCACAGGCACCUUUGGGCGGGUGCGCCUGGUGCGGGAGAAGACGGCCAAGGGUUUCUUCGCGCUCAAGGUGAUGAGUAUCCCUGACGUCAUCCGCCUGAAGCAGGAGCAGCAUGUGCAGAAUGAGAAGUCAGUCCUGGGGGAGGUCAACCACCCCUUGUCUGGCUGAGCAACAGAUAACUAAGACAACUUGGAUGUCCCAUGAAACCACGUUCAUAAACCUCCAAACCAAGAAAACCAAAUACCACGCAAUUGAAGCAGUCUCAACAGGCGCUGUCCAGUUGGUUUUGACUCACAGCGACCCUGUGUACAACAGAACGAAAGACUGCCUGGUCCUGCACCAUCCUCACAAUCGUUGUUAUGCAUGAGCCCGUUGUCGCAGCCACUGUGUCAGUCCACCUCAUUGAGGGUCUUCCUCUUUUCCGCUGACCCUCUACUUCACCAAGCAUGCUGUCCUUCUCCAGGGACCGAUCUCUCCUGACAACACGUCCAAAGUAUGUAAGGUGCGGUCUCACUAUCCUUGCUUCUAAGGAGCAUUCUGGUUGUACUUCUUCCAAGACAAAUUUGUUCAUUAUUCUGGCAGUCCAUGGUAUAUUCAAUAUUCUUCUCCAGCCCCACAAUUCGAUGGCGUCAGUGCUUCUUCCGUCAUCCUUCUUCACUGUCCAGCUUUCACAUGCAUAUGGUGUGAUUGAAAAUAUCGUGGCUUGGGUCAGGCGCACCUUAGUCUUCAAGGUGACAUCUUUGCUCUUCAACACUUUAAGGAGGUCUUUUUUGUGAAGUUGGUAAUGUAUCCGUUGGGGUCUAUUACGUUUCUCCCACAUCUAAUCCUUAAGGUCAUUGUCAUAAUUAUCUCCUUUUGCAUGCCUCCAAGUAGUCGAAUUUGUUACUUUUGGUUUAUUUUCUGAUUUUAAUUUGCAAUGGCGCAGCAUUUCUCAGCCUUGAUUCUCUGGAAACAGCAGGUAGUCUUGGAAGUCGUGGGUUCCAAGAAAGCACCCAUGGAAUUGAAUUUUCAUUGUUAUGGACUAAAACAGCUAAUUUGAUGGGACUGGAGUCUCUGGGCGGGGCAAACAGUUGAUGUUCUCUGCUGCUAACUGAAAGUUUGGAGGUUUGAGUCCAUCCAGAGGCACCUCAGAAGAAAGGCCUGGUGAUCUACUUCCAAAAAAUCAGCCAUUGAAAACCUUACAGAGUAUAUCUAAUUGAAAACCCUAUGGAGUAUGUGUACUAUGACACACACAGGGGUGCCAUGAGUUGGGUCGAUUCAUGGCAACUAGAGCUGGAGACAAAUCUUCCAAUUGACUCUGGCAACCAAAGGUGCACUUUGGAGUAUCAUUCUGAACAAGGAAAGCCCUGUCAUAUAGGCCAAUAUCAUUUUUUCUACACUCAUAUCUUCUGUUAUUUCAGUGAAAGUGACAUGGGAAUUAUUUCUCAACUCUGAAUUUUUCAAUUCGGAUGACAAUGAUGAUGGAAAGAGUGGGGAUUAUUUCACAAUUAGGGCUGCUGACCUUCUAGUGCCUGAAUCAAGAACAGCCAGAGUCCCUGAGGUGUGUAACUGCUCCCUGUUGUAGUUAACUUUGACGUAGAACUAACUAACCAAUCCUCAUUCUAGAUUUCAGGAUUGUCAAUUACUGAUCAAGAUGGAAAUGGUAUGAUGGAUGGAGGUGCAGUGCUGUCUGCAAAAGAAAAAAAAUCUGAGCUAAGAAGUUGUGGGGUUAGUUAUGGGGCUGGUGGAGACGUGAACCUGAUAACUUUCAUAAAAACCAGUUGGCAUUGAGUCGACUCUGACUUGUGGCACCCCCAUGAGUGCCAGAGCAGAACCGUUGCUCCAUAAGGUUUUCAGUGGCUGGUUUUUGGAAGUAGAUUUCCAGGACUUUCUUCCUUGUCUGUCUUAGUCCGGAAGCUCAGUGGAAACCUGUUCUGUAUCAUAGUUACAUGGAACCCUGCAAUGACAGAUGGGCGGUGGCUGUGUUUGAGGUGCAUUGGUUGGGAAUCGAACCCUGGUCUCCAGGAUGGAAGGUGAAGAUUCUACCACUGAGUUACCACUGUUCCCAGUUAUUCCUAUUAUCCCAUAUAAAUGCUAUGCAAAUUAAAAAAAAAAAAUGGAAGAAAAAAAGGGUACAUAUUGAACCUGAAUUGGUGAAAUUGGGUUGUGAAGAGAACAUUAUUUGAAAUAUCAAUAAAAUAGUUUAAAAGUUACCCACUACCUGCUGCCAUCAAGUCAAUUCUGACUCAUAAUGACCGUAUAGGACAGAGUAGAACUGCCCCAUAGGGUUUCCAAGGAGCAGCUGGUGGAUUCCAACUGCUGACCUUUGGGUUAGAAGCCAUAGCUCUUAACCACUGCGCCACCAGGUUUUCCAAGUGUAAAAGUUAGUGAGGAAAGAUAAGCUGCUUUGAACCUUCUGAAGGAAUGCAUCGAGUAUGUUUUAAUACAGCUCUUAGAUAGAUUUGAGGCAUCACGUGUCAAAUGAUUUUGCCCUUAACCAACCCUGAGUACACAGAAUAAACUUAAUCUAACAUAAAACCAAAAAAAAAAAAAAAACCAAACCCACUGCCGUUGAGUCGAUUCCAACUCAUAACGACCCUAUAGAACAGAGUAGAACUGCCCGAUAGAGCUUCCAAGGAGCGCCUGGUGGAUUCGAACUGCUGACCUUUUGGUUAGCAGCCGUAGCACCUAACCACUACGCCAGCAGGGUUUCCUAAUCUAACAUAGUCUGUAGUCAAUUCCUCUGUAAUUCCAAACUAUUAUUAACACUGUCAUCUAUUGAACGAAAAAGCUGGAGUUGAUAAACAUCCCAACUCUUUUUAUUAAGUAUUUUGUUGUUGAGUCUCGUCUGACUCAUGGCGACUUACGUACAACAGAACGAAAUAUUGCCCGGUCCUGUGCCAUCUUCACGUUCAUUGACAUGUUUGAGUCCAUUGUUGGGGCUACUGUGUCAAUGCAUCUCAGGGAAGGCUUCCCUCAUUUUCACUGGCUCUCUACUUUACCAAAUGUGAUGUCCUUCUCCAGUGAUUGGUUUUUCCUGAUGACGUAUCCAAAGUAAGCAAGCUAAAUUCUUGCCAUCCUUUCUUCUAAGGAGCGUUCCUUCAAGACUGAUAUUAAGUAUUUUAUUUGGUGUUAAUUGUUUAUUAAGCAUCAGGUAUUUAUUAAACAUUUAUUAAGCUUUGAGUAAGGAUGAUGUAGGACCCCGCAAUGUUUCGUUCUGUUAUACAUGGGAUUGCUAUGAGUCGGAAUCAAUACCACGGCAUGUAACAACAACAACAACAAGAAGCAGUGUUGAGUAUCAAAUAUUUAUUAAUUUUAUUAAUAUUUAUUAAUUUGUUAAUUUUUUGGGUUUUAUUUAUUAAGUAUUCAACAUUCAAAAUAUCAUUAAAGAGAACUAAAAGUCACACGUUGUUUAACCAUAGAUUUCAGUGUGUCCUUUUUUAAUUACUUUUACAUAUUUACAUAUUAAAAAAAAACCCUGAUAUUCUGAAAAUAUCUUCAGUAAUGAGUUAUUAGCAAGAAUAUUUUUUGUUCUUUUAAAGUCAUUUUUAUAUUUUCCCUCCACAUCCACCUAAAUUCCUGAAAUGGCCAAAUGGCCCAUGGGAGAUUGACCGGGAGGCUGUUGAUAACAGAAAUGGUUUAUGGUCUUUACUUUCUGAGUUACUAUUAUUUUAUGAUGCUGUUAAAAUCGACCCAACAGAGAAAAAUAAAGUAGUGUGAAUGAGCCUGUCCAUUUCCAACAUAAAAGUCUGUUUCUUCAUCCUGCAGAAAACAUGAAUAAUAAAGACAAAGAAAGAAGAUAUUCAGGAAUUAAAUGAGCAUUUGAUGUUCCUUGGUAUACUUGGCUCUACAGAUGGGCUCCAGUAGGAAAUCAGGUCGCCAUUUCUUUGUAACAGGCCAACCCAUUGCCGUUGAGUUGACUCCAGCUCAUGGGGGCUGCAUGUGUAUCACAGUAGAAUUGUGCCCCGUAGGUUUUUUUUUCAUUCUUUAAAUUAAUUAAUUAAAUGUAUUGUUGUUGAGAAUAUACACAGCAAAACAUACACCAGUUCAACCUUUUCUAUGUGUGCCAUUUAAAUUACAUUGAUUAUAUCCUUUGAGUUGCUCAACCAUUCUUACCGUCCUUUUCUGAGUUGGUCCUCCUUCAUUAACAUAAACUCACUGCCCCCUGAGGUUCCUAUCUAAUCUUUUGAGUUGCUGUUGUCAAUUUGACCCCAUUUAGGUAGUUCUUCAAAAGAGCAUAAUACUCAAGGCAGAACUCUUUUUUACUAGUUAAUUUUUUUUUUUAAGCUAUUGUUUAGUUUUAAGAAGACUUCAGGGGAUAUUUUUGGUUUAAGGUUUAAAGAUUAUCUCAGGGCAAUAGUUUCAGUGGUUCAUCCACCCUCCAUGGCUCCAGAAAGUCUAGAGGCCAUGAGAAUUUGAAAUUCUGUUCUACAUUUUCCUCCUUUUGAUCAGGAUCCUUCUAUGGAAUAUUUGAUGAAAAUGUUGAGUAAUGAUAGCCAGGCACCAUCCAGUUCUGGUCUCGUGGCAAAGGAGGAAAUUAGCCACACAUUCCAUCAAAAAAACCCACUGUCAUCAAGUCAAUUGCAACUCAUAGCAACCCUAUAGGACAGAGUAGAACUGCCCCACCGAGUUUCCAAGGAGCGCCUGGUAGAUUCAAACUGCCGACCUCUUGGUUAGCAGCUGUAGCACGUAACCACUACGCCGCCAGGUUUCCAACAUUCCAUAUCCUCCUAUUCCUGCCUUUCCUUCUUCCUCUGCUGCUCCCAGUGAACAGAGACCAAUUCUUGUGCCUUGAAUGACCCCUUACAAGCUUUUUAAGAUGCCAGGCACUAUGUAACAAACUAGGAGGUAGGACAGAAGCACUAAACACGUUAUUAGGCCAGUUAACUGGGAUGCCCUGUGAAACAAUGUCCCUAAACCUCCAAACCAAGGAACCAAAUCCUAGGAGGUGUUUGGUUGUACAUAAGCAGCUUCAGCAGCUACUCUUUUUUUUUUCUUUCUGUCGUUGCUAUAAAUAUAUCUAUCAUAUGACUUUUGCCAAUUGAACUUUUUACAGGCAUACAACUGAUUGAUAGUAAUUACAGUAUUGGCUGUGCAGCCUUGUCCUUAAUGCGAUUAUUCCAUCACUAUUAACCCCCCCAUCCCCCUUCUUCCUGCCCCUGGUAGCCACUAAUGAACUCUGUUCUCUAUACAUUUGCCUUUUCUUGUCUUUUUAUAUAAGUGAGGUCAUAUAGUAUUUGUCUUUUUGUGAUUGGCUUAUUUUGCUCAGCAUUUUGUCUUCAAGCUCCAUCCAUACUGUAGCAUGUAUCAAGACUUCAUUUCUCCAACUGGUUGAGUCAUAUUCCAUUUUGUUUCUCCAUUCAUCUAUCGGUGGGCAUUUAGGUUGUUUCCACCUUUUGGCUGUUGUGAAUAGUGCUACAGAGAACAUUGGUGUACAAGUCUCUUUCUGAGUCUCUGCUUUCAAGUUUUUUUGGGUAUAUACCUAGGAGUGGGAGUGGAAUUGCUGGGUCAUAUGGUAGUUCUAUUUUUAGUUAUUCGAGAAAUCAGCACACUGUUUUCCACAAUGGCUGUACCAUUUUGCAUUCCCACCAGCAGUGGGUAAGGGUUCCAAUCUCCCCACACCCUUGCCAACGUUUGUUGUUUUCUGGAUUUUUUUUUUUUUUAAAUCUUAGCCAUCCUCCUGGGAGUGAAAUGGUAUCUUGUUGUGGUUUUGAUUUGCAUCUCUUUGAUGGCUAGAUGAUGCUGAAAAUCUUUUCAUGUGCUUGUUGGCCACUUGAAUGUCCUCUUUGGUGAAAUGUCUAUUCAAUUCCUUUAACCAUUUUAUGACUGUGUUGUCUUUAUGUUGUUGACUGGUUGAAGUUUUAUUAUAUCCAUAGGGUUUUCAAUGACUGAUUUUUUUGGCAGUAGGUUGCCAGGCCAUUCUUUCUAGGUGCCUCUGGGUGGACUUGAACACCUGACCUUUUUGUCAGCAGCCGAGCAUGUUGUUUGCACGCCCAGGAACUCCCAAACCAGUUGGUGUUGAGUCGACUCUGACUUAUGGCGACCCCGCAAGUAGAUCUGUGCUCCAUGGGGCUUUCAGUGGCUGAGAUUUUGGUGGUAGAUUUCCAGGCCUUUCUUCUGAGGUCUUCUGAUCCCUAGGUUAACGUUUUUUCCACCAGCCAUCUUUCUAGACAUUCCUGGUAUUUGUUAUCGGUAGUUGCCAUCUCGUCUGACAUUUUGUGGUGCUGUGGUGGCUUGCAUGUUGCUGUGAUGCUGGAAGCUAUGCCACCAGUGUUUCAAAUACCAGCAGGGUCACCCAUGUGGACAGGUUUCAGUGGAGCUUCCAGACUAAGACUAGGAAGAAAGGUCUGGCAAUCUAAUUCUGAAAACAAGCCAAUGAAAACUCUAUGGAUUGCCACAGAACAUUGUCUGAUAUAGUGCUGAAAGAUGAGCCCUCCAGAUUGGAAGGCACUCAAAAUACACAGACUCCACAACAAUGGAGUCAAACAGAGCAAUGAUCGUGAAGAUGGCACAGGACUGGGCAACAUUUUAUUCUGUUAUACGUGGGGUCACCAUGAGUUGGAGCCAACUCAAUGGCAACUAACAAGAUCAAUUGUUGAUGGUACAGCAAUUGACCAACCUAAUACCAGGAUUAUCUGGGAUCCAACAACAUACCUUGAAAAUUCAGAUGCUAAGCUCUGAUAAACAUAGCAGAUCCAGUGCUUUAGAAAAAUGACACUCCCAAUAAAUAUUCCGAAAUCUCAAAUGUCAAAUAGCUUAUCUAAAAUGAUUUGUUGGGGCAAAUAGGAUAAACUUAUUAUUAUGGAUUGAAUUGUGUCCCCACAAAAUAUGUGUUGUAAAUCCUAACCUCUGUGGUUAUAAUCUCAUUUGGGAGUCGGUUGUCUUUGCCAUGUUAAUGAGGCAGGAGUAGUGUAGGGUGUGUUUUGAGUCAAUCUCUUAAAAGAUGUAAAAAAAAAUCCCAGUGCCGUCAAGUCAAUUCCGACUCAUAAUGACCCUAUAAAGAUGUAAAAGGAGCAGAUUAAGGAAGCAGAGAUGGGGGAAGAUAGAUGCCAAGCCACAUAUAGCUCUCCAAGGAAAUAGGAAGCAGAAGCUGAAGAGACAAGGACCUUCCACUAGAGCUGACAGAGAGAAAGCCUCCCCCUAGAGCCAGCCUCCUGAAUUUGGACUUCUAGCCUCCUCAACCGCGAGAAGAUAAAUUUCUGUUUGUUAAAGCCACCCACUAGCGGUACUUCUGUUACAGCAGCACUAGGUAACUAAGACACCUAUGUUAGGGAAUGCAGGUGUCAUGGGUAGAAGAUUGCUUCAUUUUCUAAGUCAAGCCAAGUUAGCUAAUAUAAACCUCAAGAAGCAAAUUAAUUCAGAGCCAGUGAAGAAAGCACAGCAUUGAAUAAAACUCAGCAAUGAGUGAAUAUUCAAGACCUGUUGCUGCAAAGCAAAAUACAAAAAUUUCAAUUCAGAUGGAAUUUGCAAAUCAAAUGCAAUCGUGGUGCCUAACACAUUUCUAGGAGACCUCAAGAUGUACCAAAACAUCAAAUAGGAGCUGAGAUGUUUGUGAAAAGGGGUGUCCAUAGCACAAUGGUUAAGUGCUCAACUGCUAACUGAAAGGUCAGAGGUUUGAAUCCACCCAGCAGUACCUCAGAAGAAAGGCCUGGCAAUCUACUUCUGAAAAAUCAGGCAUUGAAAACCCUAUGUGCCUUGAGCAUUAUACUCAUUUAAAAACUAUAUGGGAUCAAACUGACAACAGCAACUCAAAAGAUUAGAUAGGAACCUUAGGGGGCAGUGAGUUUAUGUUAAUGAGGGAGGAACAACUCAGAAAAGGGGGGUGAGAAUGGCUGCACAACUCUGAGAAUGUCAUCAGUGUCACUAAAUUAUACAUGGAGAAACCAUUCAGAAAAAAAAAAGAAUGUUGGAAGAUUUCGAUAAAUGUAACAAAUGUCACUGAAUAAUUUGUGUGGAAAUUGUCAAAUGGGAACCUAACUUGCUGUAUAAACUUUCACCAAAAACUCAAUAAAAUACUAUUAAAAAAAAAAAAAAAGAAAGGAAAGAAAACCCUGUGUAAUACAGUUUUACUCUGACACACAUGGGGUUGCCAUGAGUUGGGGGAGACUUGAUGGCAACUGUUUUUUUUUUUUUUUGAAUAUAGAAAUAUAUAUAUAUUCAAAUAUUUUAUUGUUUUUGGUGAAGGUUUACAGGGGAUACAUUUUUUAACUCUUGAGCCACAGAGUUACAUUCUUUGAUAAAGAGAAAAAUGCUACAAAGGCUCUGCCCCUCUUGCUGGCAUGUCCACACACUUUUGUAAACUGUGCGCCCUCAACGUGUCAAGGAAAACUUGGAAAAGUUUCUCCAAGUUGGUUACUGUUCCCUUUCUCCAAGAGGAAAAACGUUGGAACGUUAGAGGGAGCUGUUGGUCUAUGGAAGAUAAAUGCCGGGAGCCCUGCCUAGCUCUCCUUCGUCCCAGAGACGAAAAAUAAACACAAAACAACCAGCACAGUUAGAGCGGGAGAGACAGGAUUAUCCGCAGUGAUGUCAUUAACAGGUCCUGUGACGUUGAAGUUGGGGACGGGACAGCAGGCCCCCCCCGCCAUACACACAGAAAUUGCGUGCAAAUAUCCGAGGAGCAAGCCCUCCAACGUUGAGCUUCUCAAGUCAGCAGGCUCAUCCAUCUCACAGACAGGAGGCGCUGCUCUCGGCUCCUUCAUUAGCUGCAAGGGGAUCCCCAGAUGCCUGGCUGCAGGGUGAGGCAAAAAGAGUCUGGGGGCAAGAAGAGGUGUGUGUGUGUGUGUGUGUGUGCGCGCGCACGCGCGCACUCGCUCAUAACGUUAAAGAGAAAAACUGCUCGGUGAACUCCCAUCUAAUCAUCAAAGGGAAAAGAGGGCCAACUGUUGUUGUCAUUGUGGUUGUUAGGUGAUAUCGAGUCGAUUUCAACUCAUAGCGACCCUAUAUACACAGAAUGAAACACUGCCUGGUCCUGCUGGUCCAUCCUCACCAUCAUUGUUAUGCUUGAGCCCCUUGUUGCAGCCACUGUGUCAAUCCAUCUCGUUGAGGGUCUUCCUCUUUUUUGCUGUCCCUCCACUUUACCAAGGAUGAUGUCCUUCUCCAGGGACUAGUUCCUCCUGAUAACAUGUCCAAAGUAUGUGAGGCACAGUCUUGCCAUCCUUGCUUGUAAGGAGCAUUCUGGCUAUGCUUCUUCCAAGACAGAUCUGUUGGUUCUUUUGGCCCCCCAAAACAGUCCAUAGUAUAUUCAAGAUUCUUCACCAACAGCAUAGUUCAAAUGCAUCGAUUCUUCUUCAGUCUUCCUGAUUCAUUGUCCACAUUUCGCAUGCAUAUGAGGUGACUGAAAAUACCAAGGCUUGGGUCAGGUGCACCUUAGUCCUCAAAGUGACAUCUUUGCUCUUCAACACUUUAAAGAGGUCCAUUGCAGCAGAUUUGCCCAGUGCAAUGUAUCGUUUGAUUUCUUGACUCCUGCUUCCAUGGGUGUUGAUUGUGGAUCCAAGUAAGAUGAAAUCCUUGACAACUUCAAUCUUUUCUCCGUUUACCAUGAUGUUGCUCAUUGGUCCAGUUGUGAGGAUUUUUGUUUUAUGUUGAGGUGUAAUCCAUACUGAAGGCUGUGGUCUUUGAUCUUCAUUAGUAAGUGCUUCAAGUCCUCUUCACUUUCAGCAAGCAAGGCUGUGUCAUCUGCCUAACACAGGUUGUUAAUGAGUCUUCCUCCAGUCCUGAUGCCAUGUUCUUCUUCAUAUAGUCCAGUUUCUUGGAUCAUUUGCUCAGCAUACUUGUUGAAUAAGUAUGGAGAAAGGAUACAACCCUGAUGCACACCUUUCCUGAAACAUAGUAUCCACCUUGUUCUGUUUGAAGGACUGCCUCUUGAUCUAUGUACAGGUUCCUCAUGAGCACAAUUAAGUGUUCUGGAAUCCCCGUUCUUCACGGUGCUAUCCAUAAUUUGUUAUGAUCCACAUAGUCAAAUGCCUUUCCAUAGUCAAUAAAGCACAGGUAAGCAUCUUUCUGGUAUUCUGUGCUUUCAGCCAAGAUCUAUCUGACAUCAGCAAUGAUAGCCCUCAUUUCGCAUCCUCAUCUGAUUCAGGCUUGCAUUUCUGGCAGUUCCCUGUCAGUGUACUGCUGUAACCACUUUUGAUUCAUCUUCAGCAGAAUUUUGCUUGUGUGUGACAUUGAUGUGUGUGUAUCGCUCAAUAAUUCCUGCAUUCUGUUGGAUCACCGUGCUUUGGAAGGAGUACAAAUAUGGAUCUCUUCCAGUCAGUUGGCCAGAUCUUCCCAAUUUCUUGGCAUAGAUUUGUGAGCACCUCCAGCACCACAUCUGUUUGUUGAAACAUCUCAGUUGGUAUUCUGUCAAUUCCUGGAGGCUGUUUUAUCAUCUUCAAUUCCAUAUGUUUACCUGUUCAGAUUUUCUGCGUACUGUACCACCCUAUGUUGGGAGAUCACAUUCUACAAUACGCAAACCUUUUUUUAUUGUUAAAAUGAAGCCACAUAUCUCCAAACUGGGGCAAAGUUGCAACAUUGCCAUUGGGGUUGUUGGGUGCCGACGAGUAGAUUCUGACUCAUGAUGACUCCAUGAGACAGAGGGGAACUGCCCCAUAGGGUUUUCUAGGCAGUAAUCUUUACAGAAGCAGAUUACUAGGAUUUUCUUCCAUGGAGCCACUGGGGAGGUUCAAAUUGUCAACCUUUCUGUUAGCAACUCAGCGCUUAAGUGUUGCACCGCCAUAUCAAAACAAAAAACAAAACAGCCCGUUGCCGUCGAGUCGAUUCAGACUCAUAGUGACCCUAUAGGACAGAGCAGAACUACCCCAUAGAGUUUUCAAGGAGCACCUGGUGGAUUCGAACUGCCACCAGGGUUUCUGUUGCACCACCAGGGCUCCUUAAAAUUGCCAUUAGCCACUUGAUAUAAAAUGUUUGUUCUCGCCAAGUGUUCAAAGCUUCCUGCGCAGAAAAGUGGUCCCAAGAAAGCAGGGCAAUAGAGGUGCAGUUUUUUAUUUUUUUGUCUUUGUAUUUUCAUCAAGGAUUGUCAUCCUUGGUUGAUAAUUCUCUGGAGUGACUCUUAAUUAAUGACUGUUCCUUUUUUUUUUUUUAAUGUGAAUUUUUGUUUUUAAUUGGGAGAUAGGUUGGGAAAUAUUGCCUUGGGUAUACCCCCCAGGGAAUGUCCAUUGUCUAGUCUAACCUUUUGGGAUGGUUUUUCAGGAUCACUAGCUGGUUCCUCUUUGGAGAAAGAUUUCGUCCUCUUGGGGAAAUGUGUGCUGACAGGCGUCACUUUGAGAUCACUACUAAGCAGUUCGUCCUUGGAAAGAUUUCCUUUUCUUGGGUUGGGAGAGAGCAGAGCUAGAUGGGUCUCCCAUUCCAUUUUCUGUGGGAUCCUCCUUGGACCUUUGGUUUUUCUUCUUUUUGGGUCUUUCACCCAUCUCCUCACACUCCUCAGGAGCACUACUGCUGUUGUAACUGAACGAGGGCCCUCGUCCUGUCCUAUUAGCUGAUCAAAAUAAGACUGACGCCACACCACCAGUUGUAAGGGAAACAGAAAGUGGAAAUUUAUUGUUUGUGCAAAUAAGGAGCAACGUGAGGCCUAGCAGCUGAAAGACCACACGCUCUCUCAGCCCCAGGGGAGCUUGGAGCUUUUAUGCCCGCCAGUCUCCAAGGGGCGGGAUUGGCACCCAAAAUCUGACACCCGGUCCCUCCCACGUCCAUAUUUGGAGAUCUGGGUGCUGAGUCAUUUGCAAACGAAGGGAACUUUCACUUGGCAAGCUGGCUCAGGUGCAGCUGUGUGCCAGAUAACACCUUCCUUUCCAACGAAGUUCAGGUCUGGGGUCAAGUUCUGGGCCGUGGCUCUUCAGGUCCUGCACAUGGGCUGAAAUCUCGGUUUGCUCAGGUGUGGAAUUUCAGCGCCAGAUUCAAACAGUGGUGGGCUGCGGGGGUGGGGGGGAACUCCGGCGGAGAGGCAGAUGCCUUGGUGGUGGCUUCACUGUGACUGUUCCUGCUUUCGACAUUUCAAGGAUGACAUGUCAAGCAAAUAUUCCUUGCUCAAGAUGCUAUCGAAAAGUUUGAGCAGUGUUGUUUUUGUUAGUUGCUGUCACGACAGCCAACAACUCGUGGUGACCCCACGUGCAGUGGAACAAAACACUGCCCACUCCUGCGCCAACCCUGAGAUCAUUUGGAAAUCAGACCAUUGUGAUCCAUAGGGUUUUCACUGGCUGAUUUUGGGAAGUAGAUCCCCAGUCCUUUCUUCCUAGUCUUAGUCUGGAAGCUCCUUGGAAACCUGUUUAGCAUCAAACCAAUGCAUGGUGGUGGCUGCGCAUGACGCGCAUUGACUGGAAAUCGAACCCAAUCUGGUGCAUGGAAGGUGAGAAUUCUACCAGCGAACCACUACUGUCCCUCUUGAAAGGGAAUAUAGAGGCAUAAAGCCUUCACAUUUAAUGACAAUGGAUUUAUUUCUUCUAAAGAGAAAGGAACCUAUUUAAUUGUACUUGUAGUAGCUGAGUGUCUUUAUCCAGCUGAUUUUCAUCAUCUGGACCACAGGAAUUUGUAGAUUAUGUAUCUCUCUGGCGUCCCUUUGAUAUUCCAGCUGUGUAGAUUUAUAACUCAAAAGAGUUUUAUUUAUUUUUUCCUAUGAGACGUUUAUCUUCUUCAAGACAACUUUCUCACCUCGGAUACCUAGUGGACUGCAGACCGCGCUAGAUGCUGUCAUUUCAAGCACAAUCACCUUCAAUUUUGUUGAGAGCCACAGCCCCAGGUGGUGUUAAUAAAGAAACACGGAGAAACAUUCAAACCCUGGUUCUGCAUCUCAUUUGUUUACUGCAGGAAGCCAGGAAAUUGGCUAGAGCAAGAUAUUCAUGUGAAAAAUAGAGAUUUGGGGUAUCCCUGGAAGUCACGGAACAGAAUCCAUAUUUUUUUUUCUUUUUUUAGUUUUAUUUAUUUUGUUGUUGUUGAGAAUAUACACAGUAAAGCAUAUACCAGUUCAUCAGUGAAACACUGAUGACAUUCUUUAAGUUACCAUUCUCACCCUCCCUUUCUGAGUUGUUCCUCCUUCAUUAACAUAAACUUACAGUCCUCUAAGGUUGCUAUCUAACCUUUCUAGUUGCUAUGCUCAAUCUGAGCCCUGGUGGAGCAGUGGUUAAGAACUACGGCUGCUAAUCAAAAGGUCGGCAGUUUGAAUUCACCAACCGCUCUUUAGAAA